AUGGCUCUUGAGAGAUUGAACGCUGUUCUACAACAGCUGAAGCCGGGUACCGGUGGAAGCAGUGUUGUUAAUAAGCUUUGUGAGAAGAACGCAGAUGAUGUUGUCAUUACGGUCGCCGUUCGAAGUGCCAUGACGAAGGGCUUCAGGGGCGGUUUCAAGGAUACUGAGCUUGACAUGAUUGUGCUCGCGCUUCUGAAGGAGGUCCUCGCUCGCUCUAAGAUUGAUCCGUCUUUGAUUGAGGAUGUUUGCUUGGGAAAUGCUCUCCAUUCUAAAGCUUCCUACGUCGCCCGUACUGCUGCACUCGCCGCGGGCAUCCCCCACACAGCUGGUGCCGCCGCCGUCAGCCGCUUCUGCUCUUCUGGCUUGAAGGCCAUCCAAGAUGUUGCUUACCAAAUCGCUGAAGGAUCCAUUGAUAUUGGCAUUGCCCUUGGCGGAGAAUCCAUGUCCCUUUCGCCCGACCGGGGAUUCGAGCCCCCCGAAAAUGAGAUUAUGCAGUGCCAGGAAGCACGCGACUGCACACAGCCCAUGGGUCAAACAUCGGAAAAUGUCGGUGACGAAUUUGGCAUCACUCGUGAGAUGCAAGAUCGCUACUCUGUAGAAUCAUUCAGACGAGCAGAGGUAGCGCAGAAGUCAGGCUGGUUUGACGAUGAAAUUGUUCCAAUUAAAACAACAGUCAAGGACCCAAAGACUGGCCAAGUGAAAGAAGUUGUGAUUUCUCGAGAUGAGGGUCCUCGUUAUGGCACUACAUACGAAAGUUUGAGCAAGAUUCGCCCUGCCUUCCCACAGUUUGGAAAUAAGACCACUGGCGGAAAUGCCAGCCAGAUCAGUGACGGAGUUGCUGCUGUUUUGCUCAUGAAGCGUUCUAAGGCCAUUGAGCUUGGUCAGCCUAUCCUUGCUAAAUUCGUUGGUGCCACUGUCGCCGGUGUACCCCCAAGAGUUAUGGGUAUUGGCCCCACAGCCGCCAUUCCCAAACUCCUCUCCAAGUUCAAUCUUCGGAAAGAAGAUAUUGAUAUCUUUGAGAUUAAUGAGGCAUUCGCCUCCAUGGCUGUUUACUGUGUUGACCGCCUUGGCCUUGAUCAUUCCAAAGUCAAUCCUCGUGGCGGUGCCAUUGCACUAGGUCACCCUCUCGGAUGCACGGGUGCUAGACAGCUCGUCACUAUCUUGAGCGAGGCCAAAAGAACGAAGGCAAAGGUCCUUGUGACUAGUAUGUGCAUUGGAACUGGCCAAGGAAUGGCCGGUUUGUUUAUUAAUGAGCAAAACUAA